CACAACUACGCCACUUUGCCAGCUGUGAUUUGCAUAAUUGACGCUAAUCGAAUUCGCCUCGUGGCCCGCAUAAUAGAACUGAGAACUCAUGCUGUCAGCUUUCGUGUUUUGUUUUGUUGAUGUCUGUGAUUGAAUUGUGCCAAAACUUAAACAAAUUGUUAAAGUGUGAAAUCUGUUUACCCAUACAUUGUAUAUAAAUCAUGAUCACCAUGAACGAGCUCGUCGAUCUGCGCAUGCAGCAGCACAUCGCGCACGAGAUCUACCGCCACCAGAUAAUGCAGCGUAUACCGGAUCCAUUUCCACCGAUGCUGCCCAUUCCGAUGCCGCGCCACGUGAUAAUGCCGCCACGGGUCUCGUUGCCCGGCGUGGAGAUGACGCUGCAAAACGACGAGCUCUGGAAGCAGUUCCAUCAGAUUGGCACGGAAAUGAUCAUUACAAAGAGCGGCAGACGCAUGUUUCCCUCGAUGCGCCUGAGCGUUUCGGGCCUGGAGGAUGAGACCAACUACUGCAUCCUGCUCGAAAUGGUGCCCAUUGGCGACUGCCGCUACAAGUUCUCCGGCUCCCAAUGGGUGCCAGCUGGCGGUGCCGAGCCACAGAGUCCGCAGCGCAUGUACCUCCAUCCGGACAGCCCGGCCACUGGCGCCCAUUGGCAGGCACAGCCCAUACUCUUCAACAAGGUGAAGCUGACGAACAACACGCUGGACAAUAGCGGUCAUAUCGUGCUUGCCAGCAUGCACAAGUAUCAGCCGCGUUUGCAUGUCAUACGGACCGCAGAUCUGGCGCAGAUUCCGUGGGCGCCGCAGCAGGCUUUUGUAUUUGGCGAGACAGAGUUUGUGGCCGUGACAGCGUACCAGAAUGAUCGCAUCACGAAACUUAAGAUCGACAACAAUCCAUUUGCCAAGGGCUUCCGCGAAACGGGACAAUCGCGCUGCAAACGCAAAAUGUCUUCAUCGCCAACCGAUGAUGAUCAAGAUUUGCCUCAGACCCAUUUGCAGUCCUCUGGCUCGCUUGACAUGUCGCCAGGCAAAUCCACGACGACAGCAGCAGCGGCAGCUACAGCCGAGGCAGCAUCCACAUCGAACAACAGCGACCAGGAUGGGCCGCAAAUUAAGCGCCUGAGAUCAAAUGGUUCCGCCUGUUCGUUAUCGUCAUCGCUCGAUGGCGCUGAGCCAGUUGCUGGGCCUGGCGCCAGCUCCUUGGGUUCGCCCCCUGGCGGCGCCGGCGCCACCGCCACAACCUCGUUCAUGCAACAUUUUCAGCAGAACAUGCAGACGCUAUUGCGACCCUCGCUGGUCGAUCUGGCCUGCACCUACUUCGGUCGCCCCGCACAUGAAUACAAUGGCACGACGCCGGCGUCGCAUUUGUAUCCGCCAACGUCCAUUUUGCAAGCCGCAUUGCCAGCACUUCCGGCCCUCGCCUUGCCACACAGCAUUUCCGUUCAGCACACAGACGACUCCACAACGGACGACGCAGAGCUAGAUGUUGGCUGCGAAUCAACAAUGAGAACAGCAACAGCAACAACAACACGUUCAUCGCUGGAGCUGCACCAACAUCCGCCACCCGAGGCACCCGCCAAGCGAAAAGGUUUCAGCAUAUCUGCCAUACUGGGCGGCGGUAGCUAGUUGCCACAGCCGCAACAUCAGUCUCCAGCUAAUGCCUUUGAUAUUAUAUAAUGUACAAAUCUAAGCUGUACUUCGCCUGAUUAAUCCAUAAGCUAAUGUUAAGUUUGCAAAAUAAAUAUUUCUAUAGCCUCAACUAAA